AUGGGCUCUCUCUGGGGUCUGGCUCUGCCCCUUUUCUUCUUCUGCUGGGAGGUUGCGGUGUCUGAGAUCUCUGCAGGCCCCAGCAGCCGCAGAGCAGACGCUGCGAUGACAAUGGAUGACACAGAAGUGCCCGCUCUGACUCCAGCACCAGGCCACGCCGCUCUGACUCCAGCACCAGGCCACGCGGCUCUGGAAACUCGAACUCUGAGUGCUGAGACCUCCUGUAGGUCCUCAACCCCAGCCGGCCCCAUUCCAGAAGCAGAGACCAGGACUUCCACAGAAACACCUCCCGACCGCACGGUGCUGAUCGCCACCUCUGCGGAGACAUCUGCCGCCACUGGCCGCCCCGAGGGACCUGGAAUGACCACAGCUGAGACCGUCACAGGCAGUGAUCCCAAGGAAGCCGUCUUUGACACCCUUCACACCGAUGAUAGCUCUGAAGAGGCAAAGACACGCACAACGGACAUAUCGACAUCGGCUCACACCUCCACAGAAGCUAAGGGCCUGGCCUCAGACAGCAGCGCCUCUUCCGACGGCCCCCAUCCAGCCAUCACCCCGUCAUGGUCCCUGGGAUCUGACGUCGCUCUCCUCGCUGAAGCCCUGGUGACCGUCACCCCCAUCGAGGUUAUCAAUUGCAGCAUCACAGAAACAGAAACAGGGACUUUCAGCAUCCCUGGGGCCUCAGACACAGAUCACAUCCCCACGGAAGGGAUGAAGGCCUCGCCCACCUCCAGUCCACCAGCUCUGCUUGACUCCACUGAUGCAAAACCACACAGCACCGAGGCCACAGCCUCUGCCGAGACCCUGUCCACAGCCGGCACCACAGAGUCAACCGCACCUGAUGCCACGGUUGGGACCCCACUCCCCACCAACAGCACCACAGAAAGAGAAGUGACAGCACCUAGGGCCACGACCCUCCGUGGAACUCUGGCCACAGGUAGCGGGAAUCCCCUGGAAGAAACCUCAGCCCUCUCUGUGGAGACACCAAGUUGCGUCAAAGUCUCAGGAGCAGCUCUCGUCUCCACAGAGGCCGGGUCAACAGUGGGCAAAACAGCUUCCUUUGCUGGGGGCUGUGCUUCCUCCUACAGCCCCUCAGAAGCCAUUAUCAAGAACUUCACCCCUUCAGAGACACCGACUGCAGACGUCACAACCAAGGGGCCCUUCCCCACCAGCAGGGACCGUCUUCCUUCUGUCCCUCCGACUACAGCCAACAGCAGCCGAGGGACGAACAGCACCUUAGCCAAGACCACAGCCUCAGCGAAGACCCCGAUGAAGCCCCCAACAGCCACGCCCACCACUGCUCGGACGAGGCCGACCACAGACGUGAGUGCAGGUGAAAAUGUAGGUUUCCUCCUCCUGCGGCUGAGUGUGGCCUCCCCGGAAGACCUCAGUGACCCCAGAGUGGCAGAGAGGCUGAUGCAGCAGCUCCGCCAGCGACUCCACGCCCACGCGCCUCACUUCCAGGUCUCCUUACUGCGCAUCAGGAGAGGCUAACAGACAUCAGCUGCAGCCAGGCCUGUCCCGUACGCCAAAAGAAGGUGCUGCCCAUGGCCUGGGCCCCCACCAACAGACUGCAGCUGCAUUACUGUGCUGAGAGGUACCAAGAAGUUUCCCGUGAAGGGCAGCCGGUCCAAGCCCCUGACCCUAGAUGUGGCAACAGGACCUCGCUCACGGCCACCGGAGCAUAUAUGCGGGGAGGGGCUUCACCUGUUCCCAGAGGGGUCCUUGGACUCACCUUGGCACAUGUUCUGUUUCAGUAAAGAGAGACCUGAUCAGCCAUCUGUGUGCUUCCAUCCUGCAUUAAAACUCACUCAGCGUGGUCCA